CAUCACUGCAUCCAACAUUUAUCCCAACAGCCGACUCCACCUCUCCAAAAACGAAAAAAAAAAAACUAUAUUUUAUUAGGAUUAAAUAAGAAUCCGUUCAUUGUAUUCUCUUUAAAACAAUGGAGUUAUACGGAAAGAUGGCUGCUACGCAAGACAACAAACAAAAGGAGAACUCUGAUCAAAACUUUGAUUACAUGUUCAAGUUGUUGAUCAUUGGGAACAGCAGCGUUGGAAAAACAUCCUUUCUCUUCCGCUACGCUGAUGAUACUUUCACAUCUGCCUUUGUCAGUACGGUUGGCAUCGACUUUAAGGUCAAAACUGUAUAUAAGAACGACAAAAGGAUCAAGCUUCAGAUCUGGGACACAGCUGGGCAGGAAAGGUACAGGACUAUCACCACUGCCUACUACAGAGGGGCCAUGGGCUUCAUCCUAAUGUAUGACAUUACUAACGAAGAGUCUUUUGCUGCUGUGCAGGACUGGGCGACCCAGAUUAAGACAUACUCUUGGGACAAUGCCCAGGUAAUCCUCGCAGGAAACAAAUGCGACAUGGAGGAAGAGAGGAUAGUUUCUGUGGACAGCGGGAGACUGCUAGCAGAACAGCUGGGAUUUGAGUUUUUUGAGACAAGUGCAAAGGACAACAUCAACAUCAAGCAGACUUUUGAACGCUUGGUGGACAUAAUUUGCGACAAGAUGUCAGACACACUUGAGGCCGACCCCUCGGUCACCACAGGAACGCCCACAGCCCGUCUGACGGACAACGUGUCGCCCCCGCAGCAGUCUGACUGUAGCUGCUAGUGUUCUCCGUCCAGGCCGUUCACUUCUGUCUUCUGACACAGAAUAAGUUACUGAACCUCAAAUCUUUGACCUGGCUUUUGGUGUUAAUGACAUAGCAAAUUAGCAAGAUUGUGCCAAACACAAGUGUCAAACUUUGUCCUUCCUUUAUGCCAUUAUACCAGUAUAAAGGUCUUUUUUCAGGGGUUGUUAGUGUACCUGUAUUCCCUGCACUGCAAAAUCUCUCCUAUUACCGUAUUUUUCGGACUAUAUGUCGCACCUGAGUAUAAGUCGCACCGGUCCAAAAAUACGUCAUGAUGAGGAAAAAAACAUAUAUAAGUCACACUGGACUGUAAGUCGCAU